GUGGUGAUCAGGGACUCCUCAAUUUGUAUUUUUCUGACUGGUCUCAUAAAGAUAUUAGCAAACACUUACCGUUCAUCUACAACAUGUCCUCUACAGCCUGUUAUUCAUAUCUUCCUGCGUUCAAACAGUUUGGAAAGACUGCUAAAAUCAUUCAUUUUAUUGGGUUUACGAAGCCUUGGUUGCAAUAUUUUGACUCGGAAACGAAAAAAGUGCAUCCCUCUGAAGACUUGAAACAUUUACAAGAAAUAUUGCAACACUGGUGGGAUUUAUUUUGUGCCAUUCACUCAAGCUUGUCCCCCGAAAUGACCAGCCAUACAGACACUGUGCAUGGUAGUCAAUCCAGAACCUAUCAAGCUACCCACCAACUACCCCAUCAUCACCAUAAUCAAACCGUUCCUAGUUCAAAUGUUUCUCAUCCUGCGGAAGACUACCAAAAUGUAUGGGAUCCGUGGGAGGAGUAUGACUCUAGGGAGUCCCAAGACCAGCACAGUGUGCAGAGUAGUAUUCCAGAUCAAACAUUCCAUGUUUCAUAUAGUACAUAUACAGAACCGGCAUGCCAAACUUCCUCCCAGGUUCAUGUUCAAUCACACACAAAUCAAAAUCAGCGAGUUUCAUAUCCUCUUCAUUCAUUUGAAACUCAUUCAUAUCAUUUCCAAAAUCAAAACCAAUCUUUAGACAGUCAUAAAGUUCAUUGUCACAGUCACUCUAGUGAAAGUCAUAACCCGUUUAGCGAUAGUCGCCAGUUUCCUGAAAGUCACAACCAAUUCAGCGAAAGUCACAACCAACUCGACAGAAGCCAUAACCAGUUUAGUGAAAGUCUUAAUAAUCAGUCUAGAGAAAAUCGUGAUUAUUCAGCUGACGGUCGGAAUCUACAAAAUCAGCUUUUCGAACCUCACAAUACAAAUGCAAAUUCUGCUGAUCAUCAUAAUCAUCCUCCUUCCCCUACAUGCAGUCAUCCGCAAACUCAUAUUUUGCACUAUGAGGAUCCUUCAGCUUUUCAAGAAAAAUCACAAUCCACCAACCCACCCCCUCCGGACGAUCCUGUUCCCAGACUGCCAGACGAGUGUGUGACCACUACGACAGUGUCCAACGAAAUAAUAUUGCAAACAGGUUCACAUGAAGAAACAAACAAAAAUGCUGCUGGUUUAGCUGGAGCAUUUGCAAAACUGACAUUAGGGACUCCAAGAACCCCCGAACAAGCUGCUUUGGAUGACCAUUUGAGAAGGCAAGGCUGGGAAGUGGGAAACAUUGAUUACUUGGGAAGAGACUCGUUUAAAAACAUAUGGAGUAAAAUUUGUGAAACGCUUUCUGCCGCCUCAGAGCAGCCUGUAUUGAAAACAGAAUACCAUAAGGUGGAGGAUAAGCCGAAAGAGAUUUCACCAACAGAAGUGGACUCAGUUGAAAAAGCCAUCCUGGAAUCGAAAGAUAAACAGGUUACACCCUUAUCGAAAAGUCAAAUUGAAGUUGAGAUUGAGAGUUCAAAACAAGUUGGGAUUCAAGACAAAGUCGAAGCUACGUCACAAACAGCUUUUAUAUCUUUGGAAACUGAAACUCUCACUAAGAGUCCAUCCUCAAUCAAUGCAGAUCAGGCAUCAUUUCCUACAUCUUCUGAGUCCCAGAUUUCCGCCACUAUACCUUCUGAGUCUCUAUCGGUAUCGCCAACCCCUGCAAUUCAUGUUCCUGAAAAUCCAACAUCUGUAAGUGCAGUCCCUUCAACUCAACCCGCUGAAUCUCCAACCUCCGAAACUCUACCAGUUAUAAUCCCUGCUCCUCUAACACCAUCAACUGAUUCUACAGUCACUGAAUCUCCAGCACCUCAAACCACAGAAAUGGAAUAUCCUGUUAUACCGAAAUCUCCAGUCUUAGAAGCUCCAACUUCUUCAACUCCUGCAUCGUCAGUUACCGAUACUCCCGCCACUGUAACUUCAAAUCAUGUGUUUCCUACUCCUGUAUCAACACUUUAUGAAACACCUGCAACUGUAAUUGUAGCCCCCACUACUCCCGCUCCUAUAACAGUAGGGUCUGAAACUUCUGGUGACAUAAUCCUAGCUCCAACAAUUCCAACCCCUGCUGUGCCGGUCAAAAUUCCAGUUACUCUCUCCCCUGAAACUUCGACCCUCCCAGCUUUUAUACAGACCUGUCCUGAAAAUCUCGCCACUGCAACUUUGGUCUCUAAAACCCCAGUCCCUGAAAGUCCAACUCCUGCGGUUCCAGACAUAACCCCUAUUGGUUCUAUGCCCGAGGCUCCUCAACCCACGGAAGAAGCUACGGUUACCAAAGAAGAAACUUUCGAGACAGUCAGUGUUUUGUCCAAGGAUCCUCCUAAGAUAGGAAAAAUUUCAAGAGAUACUGCUGAAAAAUCAAGGGAAAUUCAGACUUCAAAAACACACGUUACGAAGACCACUUCACCCUCCACUACUGUCUCAGCACAAACUGAAGAAACUAAACCGGUUUCAGCGGUUGCGACUGAUGUUCUUGACACUCCUCCAGUUCCUGCCCCGGAAAGUUCAUUUGCUCCUAAACCUACCCCACGAAAAAGUAAUCGAUCUGAUAAGAAAUCUGGAACUAAAACGAAGAAAUAGAGAUAUAAAAUUGUUGAAGAUUGAUUAGGCUCUUGAUUUUUGUGUCGAAUUAUCGUGUGAAGAGUGUGAUUCAGAGCUUCCUGUUCUCUUCAUUCAUGUACCAGAUUGUCUAUAAUUUACUAAUUAUUAUUGUUGCUAUUUUUGUUCAAUAAAAACAUAUCUACCAUGUAUCUCCAUGUA